UACUUCCACAUACCUGCCACUGGGAGGCCUGUUUAAAAACAGAGGAAAGUGAAAGUACUGAGCAGAAGCUCGUCAACAAGAGACAGAGAGUGAAGAGAAAGAGGAACAAACAUGUCUGCGUCCAAGUACCAAACUCUAGGGAAUGAACACAGCCUCAGGGUGGUGCUGGUGGGUCAGGAGAGAGUGGGCAAGAGUGCAGCAGGAAACACCAUCCUGGGCAAGGAGACGUUUGACUGUAGGUUCACCAUGACAACUCUGACACUGACAAGUCAGGAGGACAGUGCUAUGGUUCUGGGUCGCAGAGUGUCGGUGGUGGACACUCCUGGUCUCUUCAGUUCCCAGCUGUCUGAAGGUCAAGUGAAGGCUGAACUGGAGCGGGCCGUGGAGCUGAGCUCUCCAGGUCCUCACGUCUUCCUCCUCUGUGUCCAGCUGGGGAGGUUCACUGAGCAGGAGCGGGAGGGUCUGCAGAUGCUGGAGAAGAUUCUGUGUCCUGGUGUCUGUAAACACACCAUGAUCCUGUUUACCUAUGGAGACAGGCUGGAAGGCAUGGACAUUGAUGAGUUUGUCCAAGGAGACCAGAACCUGCUGAAGGUUCUAAAGAGGUGCAGCGGCCAGUACCAGGUGUUCAACAACAGGGAGGUGGAGAACAAGGAUCAGGUAGAAGAGCUGCUGAAGAAAGUAGAGCAAGUCUCCCAGGGGGGGCGCUAUUUCUACACAAAGAGUUCACGCCCGUUCAAUAACAAAACCUCCAGAGUCUUCAUCAUCCUAAUCUUGAUCUUCAUUGUUGUUCUCUUCAUUGUCCUUAUUGUUUAUCUCAUUUUGGAGAGAAAGUGAUUCUGUUUGUGACAUUUCCUCCCUGCUGUUCUGACUGUGCCUAACCCUGCAGUGGUGCCCCCCUGUGUCCAGUCCUAAUCAGACAUAAAAGUGUUAUUCAUCUUUUGACAGUCGGGAUGUCCAAUAAUAUCAGCUGAUUAAUAUUAUUGGCCUAAUAUUAGCAUAAUUAUGUAAUAUCUGUAAGAAUCUUUCACAGUUUUUCCUCUGAUAAUGAAAACCAAUAAUGCAAUGGCUGGACUGAAAAACAGCUGUAUGUGAAAGUGAAAGUCACUAGAUGAUCGGAAAUUAAGUGUUUGGACAACAUCGGUAUAUCGGAUAUUGGCAAAAAGUUAAUAUCGGACAUUCCUGUUCGACCGUGUUUCUGUUUGUUCUGUUCUUCAACCUAAAGGCAAAUAAAACUAUCUGAUAAAUCUA